AUGUCUAGAUCCUUUUAUGUCGACUCUUUGAUUAUCAAGGACACCGUGCGACCCGCGCCUCUAAAUGAGCAUCUCGGACAAGACUUCUUCAUCCCCAUCAGCAUGCAUUCGCCCACCAUGAUGACGGUCAACGCGCCGGUGUGCCCAUCCAGGAAGACCGGCACAUUCUGCGUCUGCCCGGUUUGCGUCACGUCCCAUCUCCACUCAUCCCGCGGCGGCAUUUCGAUGCUGAAGAGUCAGUUCCCGGGAGCGGAGCCCCAAUAUUGUCAGAGGAUAUCACACCACCAACAGUCUCCGGCGCUGGGACACGCACCUGUCUGCACGCCUACGUACAGCGUCACUGACCCCAGGAGGUACCACUGUCUCUCCAUAGGCGCCUCUGAGAGCAAUCACAUCCAGAAUGGCAAAAGGAUGCGCACGGCUUUCACCAGCACGCAACUAUUGGAACUGGAGAGAGAGUUCUCCUCCAACAUGUAUCUUUCCCGGCUCAGAAGAAUCGAAAUUGCGACGUAUCUGAACCUCUCGGAGAAGCAGGUGAAAAUCUGGUUCCAGAACCGGAGGGUGAAACACAAGAAGGAGGGCAAGGGCACACAGAGGAGCGCGCACAGCGGUUGCAAGUGCGCAAGUGGUCACACAGACUACCCGAGGUCUGAGGACGAGGAAUCUUUAUCCCCUGCAUCAGCGUCAGAGAAAGAGAUCUCCCCAAUCUGA